UUCUGUUCAAUCAGAGGUGAGCUACGGCAUGGAGCAUCUUGCGCGUUCUCCUCAAAGGAGAACUAAAACUGAGUGUUAUCAGUUUCAGCCUUCUUCGCGAUUGAAAAGAAGCAACGUGAUGCAGAAGAAAGAAUUUGGGUCGGUUUUGAGACCAACCAACAGCUUUGAUUUCGCACAUCAGUUUUCCGAGGGAAGGCAGCCGACAAACCUGAAUGAAAAGGAAUUGUUACAGGGUCUCAACGAACGUUUCGCUGGCUUCACAGAAAAGGUUCGGCUUUUGGAAACUCAGAACAAAAUAUUAGAGAGUGAAAUCGAGCAACUCAGGCAAAAGAAAGCAGCUUCUCUGUCACAGGUGUAUGACCCCGAGAUAAAAGAUCUGAGGAAAUUAGUUCAUGAGAUAACCAUGCAAAAGAGAACGAUUGAGGUAGAACAUCGACAUUUAGAACAAGAUUUAUACAUUUUAAGAGAAAAAUGUGAGGCAGAAGCUCGUCAUAGGUCAGAUGCGGAGAGCAGCAUUAUGACAUUGAAAAAGGAUAUUAAUGACGCAUAUCUUUCAAAACUGCACCUGGACAAGAAAGUCCAAUCUCUUGUUGAAGAAAUUGUUUUCCUGAAGAAAAACCAUCAAGAGGAGGUGUCUGAAAUGAUGGCUCAACUUCGAGAGGCACAGGUUUCAACGGUCGAAAUGAGAGAUUUUGGGAAAGCAGACAUCACUGCGGCUUUGAGGGAUAUUAGAAAGCAACUUGAAGGUCACGCUAGCUCUAACGUCCAACAGACGGAAGAAUGUUUCCGGGCUCGAGUGGCAAAACUAACAGAAGCCGCAGAAAUGAACAGAGAAGCCCUCCAGGCCACUAAACAAGAAAUUCAUGAGCAGAGAAGGCAGCUGCAGUAUAAGAGCAUCGAGCUUGAGACUGUGAAAGGCACGAAAGAAGCCCUGGAGAGCCAACUGAAUGCCCUCGAGGAACGGCACGACGCAGAAAUCAGUCAUUACCAGGACACUAUCGGGCAGCUGGAGCAUGAGCUAAAACGCACGAAGUGCGAAAUAACGGGCCAUCUACGCGAAUAUCAGGACUUGCUCAAUGUGAAAAUGGCUCUAGAUGUGGAAAUUGCAUCUUACAGGAAACUUCUGGAAGGUGAAGAAACACGACUUUCCUCCAUCUCCGGUACCCAUAUUUCAGUGCCAUAUGUGUACAGGCAGUCCCCCGUCUAUACUCUUCCAUGCUUUGCCAAACACGGGGGUACAACCACCAAAGCAGAGCCACAGUAUAAGUUUGUAGAAGAGAUCAUAACAGAAACAACAAGGGAAGUGGAGAUGACUGAGAUUGAGGAAUCAGAGUCAGAAGAAAUCAGUGGAGGAGGAGAAUCCACAGGGACAGAGAGGGAGAGUGGUGAAGAGGAGGAGAAGGCCCAGGUGACUAUCGAAGCUGAGGUGGCUGCAGAAGAAGAGGACAUUCCAACCGUAGAGGAAGAGCAGGAGAAAACAGCUGACACUGCAGACGUGGAAAUACCUGCUUCCAAAGAGACAGAGGAGGUUGAUGACAGAAAGCCUGUUGAAGGUAAAGCAAGCCCAGAGGAAAAAAUAACUGAUACAGAACCAGCUGACAGCUUAGCAGGGGAAUUGGAGACAAAGGCAAAAGUAGACGUAGUUGAUGCUGAAAAGGAGGAGACAGAAAAGACCCCCGAUGCAGUGGAAAUUACAGAGCCGGUGAAGGAAAGUGUUGCAGAAAAACUACAAGAGGAGCGUACAGACAUAGUUAAAGCAGAGUACAAAGAAACUGAGGAAGUGACAGCUAAAAUGUCCCCACAGCAGACAGACAGUGAGGGUACCACAGAGAGGGGUGAUAAAGAAGAGUUACAACUAGAGGUUCCUUCUCAAGACACAAAACAGGAAAAAGAAACCAAAGGGUCAGAAGAGAGUGAGGAAGAAGACAAGGUCCAAAAGGAUCAAAGUGCAGCAGCUCAGCAUGAUAAAGAACAAAGACCUGAGAAAAUGGCCCAUAGCCCUACUGAGGUUAAGGGCAGAGAACAGCUUCAAGACACAGAAAGCCCUGUUAUGUCACAGGCAAAAGACAUUUCUGAGCCUAUUGAGAAAGGAGGCAAAGAUGAACUUGUAAAGGAGCAUAUAGAUCCUGGAAAGUCACUAGAGGAUUCCAGUUUGAAAACUAAAAAGAGUGAACAAGAAACACCACCAGCCACAGAGGUCACAUCCAAAGAGUCCUUCAAAGAGACUGUGGAGAGUCCAUUAAAACCUGAAGAAGACAGUAGGAAGGAGGAAGUGCCACCCAAACCCACUGAUCCUGGCAAGGUAUCUGAUACUGAAAAGGUAGCUGAAGAACCAGAAGCAGCUCCAAGUACCAAGACUAUCCCUCUGCCAAAGGUAGAGAGUAAAACCACUGAAGAGCUUCACACAGAGGAAUCCACAGACUUAAAAGAGGUGGAAAAUGGAGUACAGGCAGCACAGAAAGGACUUUCACCAAAAGUUACUGAGGAACCCCUGAUUCAAGAUGCAUCUGCAGCAAUGGCAAAACCUGACAAGGACAAAUCUGCUGAUGAGACAGCAUCAGAACCUGAAGGAUCCCAAAAACCCAAGGCUACCCUUCUGCCAAAAGAAGAAAGUAAAAGUGCCAGCACUGAAAAAUUGGACAAACCGGAAUCAACAGAUUGUAAAGAGAUGGAAAAAGCAGUAAAAGAAGAGCAGGAAGGAGGGUCAGCAAAAGAAUUAAUGGAGAAACCUAUGACUCAAGAUGCAACUACAGUAAUGGCAGAAAUAGCUCAGUCAAACAAGGACAAAGCUCCUGAGAAGAUAUCUCAACAACCAGAAGGAUCUAAAAAACCAGAGGCCACUCUUCUCCCAAAAGAAGAGAGUAAAGGUAUCAGUGUUGAAAAACUGGACACAGAGCAAUCCACAGACUCCAAGGAGAAAAGCAAUGAAGUCAAACCUGAGCAGAAAGAAGGGGCAGAAAAGUAUUUAACUGAGGAACCUAUAUCUGAAGAUGCACCUGCGGUAAUGGCAAAAAUAGCUCAGCCAGACAAAGACAAAGCUGCUGAGAAGAUAUCUCAAGAGCCAGAAGGAUUUAAAAAAACUGAGACCAUUUCUCUGCCCAAAGAAGAAAAACCAAUUUUGAAAACAGAGGAACCUAAAGAUGUGAAAGGAAGAGGCCCUGAUAGUGAGGAGACCAAGCCCACAGAAAAGACCACUAGCCAUUCUGAGGGUGAAAAGACUGUUAAGGAAGUUGGUUCCACAAAGGAUUUACCAGAAAGCAAAGAUGUGGUCCCUAUAAGUGAUGUGAAAGACAAGACAGAUAUGGCAAAAAAGAUUAAAGAGAAUGGUGAGCCAAAGACUGAAGAGAAUGGGUUGUAUGAGAGCGAGGCCACUACACCGGAAAAAACUACUAAAAAAUCAGAUGGAACAAAAGGACCCGUAAGUGAGAUUCACGCUGAAACGAUCAAAGACAAAACAUCGGAACCUAAGACUUCGCCGUAAGAUAUGUUGACUUGCAAGCAAAAAAAAAAAAAAAUGCAUAAAAUGUGAAAUUAAAUGUACGAUUAAAACUGCAUGAAUAGUCUCAAAGCAAUAUAGCGUAAUGAAUGUAUCUAUGUAAAUGGUGAGAACUGAAGAAAUCCCAAAAGCAGAAGAGCAACAUACAUGAAUGAGUAAGCUAACUGGCUUUGAAUGUAACUCAGACUAAACAAAACCACCUCACCCGUACCUUACUUCCAUUCAUACAGGAGCUUAAAGUCAAGAGUGACUGCUUAAAUUCUGAAGCAAAAAUAAAUAGCAUUUGAAAAAGAAAAA